AUGUCUGCUAAAAACGUUGCAAGAGGUCGGUGUAGACUGAAAAAACCAUCGGAAUAUUCACCUUCGCUUUCAUCAAAAUCAAGUCCUCAAACAAAAGUGAUAGAGUAUUUUCCUACUGUACAUCGCGAUUCAUCUAAAAAAUUUAAACGUCUCAAUGACAAACAAAUCGAAAAUUCACAGAUUUUGGAAUCGCCAAAUAAACAGCCUCGUUUGAAAUCAUCACUCCCGUCUUCUUCUGGAAAAAAGUCUGGAGACAAUAAUCAGAAACGGCUUAUAGCAGUAACGAGUUCAAUGUCAGAAAAAGAUGAAGUUGCCUCAAAGGUUAAGACAGAGGACUGUGUUAAUAGUGACAAAAAAUAUAUUUCCAGUGAAGUGAAGGAAGAUAAAUCAUCCGGGGUUUCAGUAGGGAAGGUACAUGAAACAGUUUCCGGAGAAGAACAAAAAAUUAUAAUAGAGACUCCUAAAGAUAACAAUGACUCAUUAGAAAACAUGCUUGUCCAAAGACUAGAAGCAAAUAAAGAAGAUGAAAAAACUUCGUGCACUGUAUCGGCUGUAGAAUUAGUAGAACGUAUUGAAAACAGUACAGGAUCGAGUCUGAGUGAAACACUGCCUUUUCCUCCGAAAUAUGAACGCUUGUUGCGAUUAUUUGAUUAUACUGAAGUGGUUGUUUCUUGGCUAGAAAGUCAAGGUAAACGAGUUACUCUCAAUGAAGUGUUGACUAAUGUUCAACGUAAAUUAAAAACUAAUUACGACGAAAAUCAGUUUGCCAUGAUUUUAUCAGUUUACCCUGAAGCUUAUAAGAUUCGUUGCGAAAGACGAUGGAUGCCAAUAGGCGGAAGGCAUUGUAGUACGAAUGAAUUUGAAUAUGUGAUCGAAUCAAACCUUGCUGAUGAUCUCGUUCUGCCAUCACAAGGAAGUAAGAAAAAAAUUGCUGCAUCUCAGAAUUCACCAGUCAAGCAAAUGUGUAGUUCGCCGGACAAAGUUUCUUUAAUAUCUCUUACUCGAAAUCCAAUGUGUUCACCAUCUAAAUCACUUACGAGGGCUGGUCUGAAAUCACCGACGAAAUCAGUUAUUCAUGCACAGCGGCUUAUAAAAUCACCACCAAAAUCACUAACUGCUGGAAAUCACGCAAAACUUGAAGCCCAUCGUUUGUUUCGGAAACUGGAGUUCAAAAAUAGGCUACGCAAGCUUGUAAAUAUACAGCAUUCCAAUUUCGUGAAAAGUGAAGGAAUCGAAAUCUCACCUAAUGAGCAGCUUGCAAGGUAUCAUCCGGAUUUCAAUCUUGAUGAUGUGACUGAUAUUAUACCUGCAAAAUUACCUGAAAUACCUAAAGGAGAUGCCGGUCAACCUGAAACAAUGAGAGAAUACUUAAAAGCAGUUCCUGACAGUUGUGAUACUCUCCCAGAUAAAAUAAAGACAGUGAUCAAAGAACUUAGAAGUCCUAAAAAGCAAGAUGUUGUUGUUGCCGACAGUAGCAUACCAUUAUCACCCAAAAAAUAUGUUGAGAAAAAGAAACAGUCGACUCAGCUCAGUUUAUUGGAAAGAAUUCGAGCUAAAGAACGCGAACGGAAACGUCGAGAAAUGAUGCGCAAUCCUGAAAUAGAGGAAAAAAAGAGAAGAUUAGAAAGAAUUUCUCGUUCACUUCUACAAUGCAUUUGUAGUUAUUACAAUCUAAAAAAAGUUGGGUCAAUGAAAUUUGUAGAAUUGGUUGAUAAAUUGGCUUUCAGUAUCGGCACCAUAUCGAAAGUAGAAAUCGAAGCUGCGGUUAAUCUGCUGUGUGAGGUUUGUUCGACAUACUUUAAAAUGGUCGAUGUAAGGAAUGAGAAAUAUGUUCAUUUGAAAGAGAACAAUUUUUCGGCUAUUCGAGAUUUAGUAAAUGCAGAGAUUGAAAAAUGUGUUUAA